AAGUUUAGAAGAAAAUAGUACAAAAGUUGAAAAUUUUUUACAAAAGUUCAUUAAAUUGAAACAAACAAUGGAUAGUUUAUUGAUUUUUCGUAUAAUUUCUUAGUGGUUUCACUAUUUCUUAUGUUUUUGUGGCUCUCUUUCUCAUUUAUAUUCAUAUAUAUAUAAAUACAUAUAUAUACAUAUAUAUGUAUGUUUAUAAGCGGUCAUAGGUGUCUGUGCGUGUCAUGUUUAUAUGUUGUGUGUGUUACUACAGUAUGCGGCUGAUUUGUUUUCUACCUUUCACCGUGUGUUAGAGUGUGUGUGUGUGUAUGUGUUUUUAUCCCUUUUUUCACUGACAUUUUUUAUUGCGAAAUACUAUUUUCUAGGUGCUGCUCUUCACAUAAUACUCUUCAGUUAUGAUUUGUGCAUGCAUACGUACAUAUACGUAAAUUUAAACAUAUAUAUGUUCAUACAUAUUUAGUACAUGAACGUAUGCGUGUACAUAUGUUUUUUGUUUCGUUUAAAAAAAAAAAUUUUUUUUUAUUCUCUUUGUUGUUGCAGUUUACGGAUUUUUGCACUUGCCAGUUGAAUAUGUAAGAACGUCUGUUAGGGAACUUUUUUGUUCCUUUUAACAAAAAAAAAAAAAAAAAAAAAAUACAAAAAAAGGAGAAAGCAAACAAACACAGCAGAUAACAAUAAUAACUUUUGCAUAGAGCGAAACUUAAAAUAGAAGAGAAUUCCAAAAUACACAUACACACACUCGAAGUUGUUAACCUAUAAGACUUUUUUAACACAUCCGGAUUAAAGAAAAAAAAAAAAGAAGAGAAGAAAAAAAUUUUUUUUUUUUUUGUAUUAAAUUUGGAUUUCGUUUUUGAAUCUAUUUAUUCCGUUUAAUAAUAUUCGGAACAUUCGAUAUAUUAAACUGUAGUUAAGUAAGAGAAUUUAAAGUGUAAAGUGCCAGCUGCCAGAACACGCUUUACCACAAUGACGUUUGAUACGCGUCGUGGCCAGACACCUGGUGGUGGCAGCGGCAGUGGCGGCGGCGGCGGUGGAGGUGGCGGUGGCAGUGGUACCGAUAAUUCAACCUCAACAAGCACUACAUCGUCGUCAUCUACUAUAGUGGGUGGCAGUAGUAGUAAUAUUGGUGGUAGUGGCAAUGGUGAGGGUUCAACAUUAAUCAACACUACGCAAAAUCUUACAGAAAGUUCAAUUUCAACGACUGUUAAUCCCCUAGGGGAGACACCUGGCGUCUCAAUGUCGGACACAGUUUCGCCAGAGAAGUUGAUUUCAUCAUUUCCCACAUUAAAAUUACGUUCACUAACGCAAAAGAUAUCAAAUCCACGAUGGGUGGUACCAGUCCUGCCCGAACAGGAGUUAGAAGUGUUGUUAAAUGCUGCCAUUGGUUUAACAACAGUUGGUGUUGAUCAUGAGUGUGAGCCUUGUGUAGAAUUUUAUCGUAAUGCUUUGACAACCUCAUUUACGAAAAUUCUUACCGAUGAGGCGGUUAACUCUUGGAAAUAUAAUAUACAUCAUUGCAUUUUGAUCUCUUGUGGCAAACUGUUGCAUUUGAUUGCCAUUCAUAUGACGCGUGAUAAUCCAUAUUUGCUCGAUUUAUUAGCAAUCGUUUUCGAUCCAGAUAAUAAAUUUAAUACGUAUAAUGCAGCUCGUCAGCCGGAAUGUUUUACAUCGCCUGAGCAUUUGUGGGGUGUAUUGGAUGGUAAUAAAAUGUUUGCUAAACCACCGCCAGAGCCUAAAAAUCCACGUGGUUGGUUAGUCGACUUAAUUAAUCGUUUUGGACAGUUGGGCGGUUUCGACAAUUUACAAGAGCGUUUUAAUCGCGGCUUACUAAUACUGCGCAAACAACAGGAACAAGCGUCAAGCAGCAGCAGUAGCAAUAAAUCAGCGAGCACAUCUCGUACCAGUUUGGCUUCAGAUCACGAACAAGAUAAUAAACUAUCAUUGGCCUUGAUUUAUAGCUUAUUAAGGCCGUUCGGCCAAUGCUAUGAAUUGCUUUUACCCUCAACGAUUUCAAAAUAUUUUAUGCCCAUUUGGAAUGUUGUCUUAGAUUUAUUGGAUAGUUUCUCGGAUGAAGAAUUGAAACGUGAAGCCAAACCGGAGGGUCGCAAUGAUUACAUCAAUGGCAUUGUGAAAUCUGCGAGAUAUUUAGCUAGUCGCUUGCCUGGACAGGAAGAGCUUAUACGUAAUUUGGAAAUGUUCCGUUUAAAGAUGAUUUUACGUCUACUGCAAGUGUCUAGCUUUAAUGGCAAAAUGAAUGCUCUUAAUGAAAUUAAUAAGGUCCUGACCUCCGUUUCUUAUUAUUCGCAUAGAACACAGCAACUGCCUCAUUGUAUACCCGAUGACGACAUGGAUUGGUUGACUCCGGAAAGAAUGGCUGAUUGGAUAAAGGAAUCUGAUGUAUUGGGAAUUGUAUUACGGGAUUCUUUGCAUCAACCUCAAUAUGUAGAAAAACUGGAAAAAAUUAUACGCUUUCUUAUUAAGGAACAUGCCUUGUCCCUAGAAGAUUUAGAUGCCGUGUGGCGAGCUCAAGCUGGUAAACAUGAAGCGAUCGUUAAGAAUGUGCAUGAUUUGUUGGCCAAAUUGGCUUGGGAUUUUACACCAGAACAAUUGGACCAUUUGUUUGAAUCAUUUCAGGCUAGCAUGACAACUGCCAAUAAAAGGCAACGCGAACGUCUUCUUGAAUUAAUAAGACGUUUGGCUGAGGACGAUAAAAAUGGCGUGAUGGCUCAAAAAGUACUCAAAUUAUUUUGGACUUUGGCUCAUAGCCAAGAGAUACCACCAGAAGUUCUUGAUCAGGCUUUAGCGGCACAUGUAAAAAUUCUCGAUUAUAGUUGCUCGCAAGAGCGUGAUGCCCAAAAGAUAGUGUGGUUGGAUAAGUGUGUAAGUGAAUUGAAAACAAAUGACACCUGGGUGCUACCAGCUUUACGUUUAAUACGAGAAAUUUGCUGUCUCUAUGAGGCCUCGACCAGUCAUGCGCCCCGAUCUCAGCAAACUCUAAAUCGUCAGGCUGUUAUUGAGCGUUUGCAAAACGAUUAUUCCUUAGUGAUUUUAGUUACGAACAGUUUGACAGCGUAUAUGGAUAAAAUUCGAUCACUUAUAGCCGAGAUGCCUAACGUGGAUCCCUCUACUUUGUGCAUAGAUGUCCGUUAUCCACAUACAAUGCAAAUACAAGAACGUUUAGAUUUUUUGAAAUUUCUCUUAAAAGAUGGCCAGUUGUGGUUGUGUGCCGAUCAGGCUAAACAAAUUUGGCAUUGCUUAGCGGUUAGCGCAGUUUUCCCUUCGGAUCGUGAAGAAUGUUUCCGUUGGUUUGGGAAACUGAUGGGUGAAGAACCUGAUCUCGAUCCCGGCAUUAAUAAGGAUUUCUUCGAAAAUAAUAUACUGCAACUAGAUCCGCAUUUGUUGACUGAGAGCGGUAUUAAAUGUUUCGAACGUUUCUUUAAAGCAGUCAAUUCCAAAGAAGAUAAAUUGAAGGCUAUACAUCGGGGCUACAUACUCGAUAAUGAGGAUUUAAUUGGUAAAGACUAUUUAUGGCGCGUCAUCACUACCGGGGGCGAAGAGAUUGCUAACAAAGCUAUUGAUUUACUUAAAGAAGUGUCCACGGCGUUAGGCCCACGUUUGCAGGAAAAUAUAUGUGAUUUUCAUGAAAUGUUUAUCGGCGAAUGUUGUGAACGUUUACGUACGCAUUAUAGUAACAUUAUGAUAUUGGGUAAAGCUUUGGAUAGCACGAAUGCUGUACCAUCGAUGGGAGAUGACGGCAAUCAGGUGGAUCAAAAUGAUACUAAAGAUACAAAGAUGCGAUUUAAAGAGGCUGAGAAAAUGUGCCGUAUCAUAAAGGUGCUACAAGAGUACAUUAAAGAGUGUGAUCGUUCCUUUAACGGCGACCGUUACCUGUUGCCAUUGAUGCGUGCCACGCGUGGCAAACACACUAGUCUUUAUAUACGCUUUCAGAAUCCAGGUAGGCCCAUCGAUGAUAUAGAGAUUACAACACACAAUAACGAAAUGGUGGCUUCGUUUAAACGUAAUUUACUCAAACGUAUUAAGGGCACGUAUAGCGCCAAUAUUAAAGUGGAGCUUUAUUACAAUAACGGAGAACUCAUAGAUAUUACUGAUGAAAUUAAUCCUCUAGCCCAGUAUACAAUACGUGAUAAAAUGAUAUUAACCGCUAAGUUAACUCCGAUGGGUACAGGACUGGCUAGCAGUCCUGAUUCUUCAAGCGAUUCCAGCACAGGAUCUCCACCCCGUCCUUGCCCUGACAUGCAACGUGUAGAAUCGGAAAGUACAUUGCCUGGAGUCAUUAUUUCUCAGAACUAUCAAUACGUUGAGUUCUUCCUCAAACUCUAUCAAUUAGGCAGCGAUUUGGAACAUGAUCGUUUACGUGAGGGUGCGAGAAUGUUAUUACAUUUAUUGCCUUGUGAUCGCCAAACUGUGAAAAUGUUACAAUUGAUGUGCGGUCUACCCAUCUUGGUGUCACAGUCCUCCGCCGUCACUGCUAAUAUCAGCAAUUUAGUCAAAGCAGAUGAUCCAAAUGUUACUGGUGGUGGCGGCGGCGGUAAUGGUAGCGUUAGUGGAAAUAUUUCAAUUCAGCAACAGCAACAACAACAGCAGAGUUCAUCGAUUAAUGAUCAGAUUAAUCCCCAGGACUGUACACCUGAAAUGAUGUUUUUACAUCCCACGCCGGCUCAGGUUCACUAUAAUUUGUGCGUUUUAAAUGGAUUAUUAAUGCCAGCCUUAGAUCCUUAUGGGGAAUCUGCUACGCAAAUACAGUCUUGUUGGCUUCAUUCGGGUUGUGCCCAUUUCGUUCUUGAGCUAUUAACCAAAAAUAAUUUCCUACCCAAUGCCGAUAUGUAUACAAAACGUGCUGCAUUUCAAUGCGUAUUGCGUUUGGUUAAGUUAUUUCUAUAUAUUGUGGGAUGCGUGCUGUCGCGUGUUGGCGAUGAAUCCAUGUUCAGCGGUUUCGAAUUGGGUUCCCGCUCUCAAGUGGAAAUACUCAAACAAAUUCUAACUUCCAUCCCUAACCCCUCCGAAACUACGUUACGUGCCAUUUCACAGAAGCUAGCCGAAAAUUUGUCCCACGAAAUGUUAUCGGCUAGUCCAGAAGGUGAAAGCUGUCGCGUACUGUUUGCCUCGACAUUGCAAUGGGCCUCUCCCGAUGUAUCCACCAUUAAAGCUGUAGUUCAAUUGGCGUGGGCAUCGUCUUGUGGUAACUUGCAAAUGUUAGGCACCAAACAUGACUUUGCCGAUGAUACUUCAAUGCCAGAUACUCAGGAUUUUAUGGUAUGUAAAGAGGCCCUUGAAGUGCUAACUAUUUCGCUGGUGCUUAAUCCGAGCGCCAAUGAGGCUCUGAAUAACGAUCCUUUGUGGUCCAAAUUUAUAACAUGUUUAAUAUUAAAGAAUCAAUAUCGACAUGUUCGGCAAGUGGCGGCCGAACAAUUAUUUUUAACAUGCACUUAUUGUGCGGGGGAUCGACGACCAUUCGCUUAUAUGGUUAAUUUAUUAGUCAGUUUAUUAAAAACCUUAGUGCCGCUGCAUGAAGCCACCUGUGCUGAUUUCUUUCAAUUGUUAUGUCGUACUUUGUCCUAUGGCUGUCUCGUCAAUUGGCCUCUGAACAUCGGUGAAGGUCUGUUAACGGAAGAAAUUAAAUGGCUGCAAAAAAUACGAGAACAUGUCGUUAACACCGGGGAUGUGCAAGUGCACGAAGAUCUCUUGGAAGGUCACCUUUGUUUGGCUAAGGAAUUGAUGUAUUUCUUACCUCCUGAAACUAAGGCGCAGUUAUGCGAUUUAAUACACGAACUCAUUGAUGAUUUUAUAUUCACCGCCUCGCGGGAGUAUUUGCAUUUACGUAAAAAUGGUAAAUUGAGGCGUGAAACUGCUCCACCGCCCGUUUGUCGUAGCCCACAUACAAUAGCAGCUGCCUGUGACUUGUUGAUGGCUUUAUGUCAAAACUGUGUACCUAACAUGAAGCUCUUAACAAACACUAUUAUUGAUUUCGUAUGUAAUGAUACGGAUCCGGUGAGAGAUUGGGAUUAUUUGCCGCCCGUAGGAGCCCGCCCCACUAAAGGUUUUUGCGGCCUCAAAAACGCAGGGGCCACGUGCUACAUGAAUUCGGUUUUGCAACAGUUGUAUAUGGUGCCCUCGAUACGAGUUGGUAUACUUAGGGCUGAGGGAGCAGCCGUCAAUGAUAACGAGGACUUUACUGGCGAACCCGAAUCUAAUACGCUGGGGGGUUCGACGCUGUUCUCCAAUUCUGGCGACGACGGAAACGAUAAUGAUAUUCGCAAAAACUAUCAUGUGACGAUAUUAAAACAUGUUCAGGCCAUAUUCGCCCAUUUGGGCCAUAGUGCUUUGCAAUUUUAUGUGCCGCGUGGCCUCUGGACACAUUUCAAAUUGCAAGGAGAACCAGUUAACUUGCGUGAACAACAAGAUGCUGUUGAAUUUUUCAUGUCGUUGUUUGAAAGUCUCGAUGAAGGUCUGAAAGCGCUAGGUCACACGCAAUUAAUGAAUGCGACUUUGGGAGGUUCAUUUAGUGAUCAGAAAAUUUGUCAAGAAUGUCCUCAUCGUUAUUCGAAAGAGGAGCCAUUCAGUGUGUUUAGUGUUGAUAUACGAAAUCAUAGCUCAUUAACCGAAUCUCUAGAACAGUAUGUAAAAGGUGAAUUGCUCGAGGGCGCUGAUGCAUACCAUUGUGAUAAAUGUGAUAAAAAAGUAGUUACAAUUAAGCGGUUGUGUGUUAAAAAAUUACCGCCUGUAUUAGCCAUACAAUUAAAACGCUUUGAAUACGAUUAUGAACGUGUUUGUGCGAUUAAGUUUAAUGAUUAUUUUGAAUUUCCUCGUGUUUUAGAUAUGGAACCCUACACAGUAUCCGGUUUAGCCAAAUUAGAAGGCGAAGUAAUUGAAAUAGGUGACAAUUGCCAAAUAAGCGAUGAGACAACUAAAUAUGAAUUAACGGGUAUUGUAGUGCAUAGCGGGCAAGCUUCAGGAGGCCAUUAUUUCAGUUACAUUCUCUCUAAAAAUCCUUCUACCGGCAGGGAACAAUGGUAUAAAUUCGAUGAUGGCGAGGUCACGGAAUGCAAAAUGAAUGAGGACGAAGAGAUGAAAGCUCAGUGUUUCGGUGGAGAUUAUAUGGGUGAAAUUUAUGAUAGUAAUUUGAAGCGAAUGCAGUAUAGACGCCAAAAACGCUGGUGGAAUGCAUAUAUGUUAUUUUAUACUCGUUGUGAUCAAAAACCAAUACAAUUUGAACCAAGUGUUGAACAAUUGUCAUUGGCCGAGAGUCGUAAUAUUGUAUUGCCAUUACCAAAGCCCAUUGAGAGAAGUGUUAGACAUCAAAAUAUACGCUUCCUUCACUCUAAAAGCAUAUUUUCGGUAGAAUUUUUCAAUUUCAUCAAAAAAUUAGUUAGCUGCAGUAUUCCUUCUCCACGUGUCGACAAAAUGACUCCCAUUGCGGAAGAACUAUCGCUAUUGGGAGUGCAGUUGGCUUCGCAGUUUCUUUUUCAUACCGGCUUUCGUACUAAAAAGUCUCUACGCGGACCAGUAAUUGAAUGGUAUGAUACACUUUCACAUCAUAUAAGAUUUUCAUCGACUAUACGCAAAUGGUUUGCCAGUAAUGCUUUAUUGAGUCCCCCUACACGUUUGGGUGAAUAUAUUUUAAUGGCUCCAUCACCGGAAGUUCGUACUGUUUUUGUUAAACUAGUUGUAUUCUUUUGUCAUUUUGCUAUAAAUGAUGAACCGUUGCCUGGUUACGAUGGUAGCAAUCUGUGCGAGCAGAUUUUAAUAAGUGUGCUUAAGCUGCUGAAAUGUGAAGCGGCCGAUCAUGGCAAACAUCUGCCACACUAUUUUAGUUUAUUUAGUAUGUAUGUAGGCUUGGGCAUACAUGAGAGGAAACAGCUUUUAAAGUUAAAUGUUCCCGUUAUAUUUAUGCAAGUAGCUUUGGAUGAAGGACCUGGUCCAUCGAUCAAAUACCAAUAUCCCGAAUUAAGUAAACUGCAUCAGGUUGUUUCGCAUUUAAUACGCUGUAGCGAUGUAUCAGAUAGAUGUCAGAGUUCAAGUCAAAAUAUACGUCCCCUUGCUAACCCGUACAAAGAUGCCAACAUCAGCUACGAAGACUUGAUACCUAUUUCGCCAGAAUGUGCUGAGAUUUUAUUCAUUCGAACUGGUUACAUUAAAAAAUUAAUUGAGGAUACGAAUGUUGGCGAAGAAGGUUUAAAGCUAUUACAGUAUUGCAGCUGGGAAAACCCAUUAUUUUCACGUGCCGUUCUUACGGAACUAUUAUGGCAAUGUGGUUUUGCGUACUGUCACGAUAUGCGUCACCAUACCGAUCUACUGCUAAACAUAUUGCUUAUUGAGGAUUCAUGGCAAAAUCAUCGCAUACAUAAUGCUUUAAUUGGUGUGGCAGAGGAACGUGAGGGCUUACUUGAGACAAUACAUAGAGCAAAAACUCACUAUCAGAAACGAGCGUACCAAAUUAUUAAAUGUUUAACACAACUUUUCCAUAAAUCACCGGUAGCUUUGCAAAUGUUAAAUUCUAAUGCAAACAUUGGCAGACAAUGGGUUAUAGCCGUCGAAUGGUUGCAAGAUGAAUUGGAUCGUCAGCGUGGUAUUGGUUGUCAAUAUAAUGCGUAUUCAUGGUCACCACCGGCUCAAAGUAAUGACAAUACUAACGGUUAUAUGUUAGAAAGGUCACAUUCGGCUAAAAAUACUUGGUCGUUGGCUUGCGAAUUAUGCCCUGAAGAGGAGCAAGAGGAAACUAAUGAAUCUGAUUUAGAGCCUAAUGAUGAAAGCCAAAGGCAACAACAACAACAACAACAACAACAACAACAGCAAUUGCAACAGACACAGAAUUCACAACAGCAGCAAUCAACCAAAUCGCCGGAUGAUAUGCAAAAAGAUCAACAUGUCAAUCAUAUAAUCGAUUUAAUGCCUACCGAAGGUGGUGAGUCGCAGGCGGGCGAAGAUUUAAUAUUUUCAAAUGUUACAAGUCACAAGAUUGCGCCAUCUGGAAGUUCAGGAGAUUGGAAGACGAACACGUUCCCCGGCUUAGGUGAAAAUGUAGAUAGCGACGAAACCAUUGCUCCAACGAAAGGAUCCACGAGUUCAGAGCCUCCCACAGAAACAAAUAUUAAUGGUUUAACUAGCAGCUUAAAACAAAUAUCGCUAUCACCAAAAACGUCCGUCAGCGGCGUCACUUGUGAAACGUCAGCAGCAACGGUUAAUAAAAAGGAUAACGUUGAUAUAAAUAUAAUACAUUUGUUAAAUUAUACAGCAGCAGCAACAACAACAACAGCAACAACAACGAUGACUGCAAUUACAACAACAAUAAAUGCCGUAAUUGAUACAUCUGUAAAUAUAACGACGACGACAGCAACAACAGUAGCAACAACAAUCGGUAAUAAUAGCGAACAACAACAGCAACAACAAGUGUUAAUAUUGAGUACUGACACACCGCAACAACAACAACAACAACAACAGCAACAUACCACAGAAUCAACAACGUAGAUGAAGUUUAAAAAUAUUCAAAACUUAAUUUAGUAUAAUAAAAAAUAUAUAUAUAUAUAACAAAGGAAACACGAAAGAAAAGAGAGACGAUCUAAAAAAAAAAAACAAAAAAUAAACAAACAAAAAUAAAAAAUAAAUACAAAAUAGAAACAAAACUCAUCUA